AUGGCCGAGUGGCUCACUUUUCGCGCCGAGCAGGCCGCUAGACUUGAGCCGUGGCUCCCUCCAAAGAUCCCAUCGUCAUCUGCAGGAGUAGCAGCGCCAGGGGGGCAGCAACAUGACCAACCGCCCCCGGCAAGGGCCCGUCCGUUCGUGACCCUGACGUUUGCGACCUCGCUCGACUCGGCCCUCUCGCUAGCCCCCGGGGUCAGGACCACGCUGUCGGGCCCGCAGUCAAAGGCCAUGACGCACUUUCUGCGCAGCCGCCACGACGCCAUCCUCGUCGGCGCCGGCACCGCAGUCGCCGACGACCCUGGCCUGAACUGUCGGAUCCGGGACGCCGAGUCUCAGCCGCGGCCCAUCGUCGUGGACCCUCGCUGCCGCUGGAGCUUCGACGAGCGAAGCAAGGUGCUGCAGCUGGCUAGUCAAGGGAGGGGUCUCGCCCCCUACAUCAUCACCACCCCGGAGGCUGCUGCUGCCGUCGAUGGGAGCAAAAGGGCUGUCCUCGAGGCGCACGGCGGCAAGUAUAUUUCCUUAAAGUAUGGUGGUGCUGGUGGUAAUGGGGUCUUGGACUGGAACGAUAUCCUUGCCGUGCUGCAGGAUGAAGGGCUAAACAGUGUCAUGAUUGAGGGUGGAGGUCAUGUCAUCAACACUCUUUUGGGCCACAAGGAUAAAAAGGACCUUGUGGAUUCGGUAGUUGUUACUAUUGCUCCAACAUGGCUGGGCCAAGGUGGUGUGGUAGUGUCACCGGCCCGGGAGGUUGAUGACAGCGGCGGCCCAAAGGCCGCUUUGCGCCUCGCGAAUGUAAGUUGGCACCCGCUUGGGGAUGAUGUGGUGCUCUGCGGUAAGAUAGAACCGUAA